AUGUCGAGCCCUUCACGACCAACGACACCAUAUAUUAGUCUUGAUGAUGAACAUACAAAGAAUUUUUUCACAAGAGAUCGUAUACAAAAGCAUUUACGAAGAGCAGGCCUACUGAAUCGAAACGGACAAAUCCUAACUGAAGCCGAAUAUCAAAGUAAACAAAAAGAUGUGGUUAUUGGACGUGAAAAUCGAAAGAAAAUCGAUGAUGCAAUUACUGAAGUUCUUAACGAUAUGGCUAGAGAACAUUGGGCUCAUGCACGUGAUUAUACAGAAGAUUUAGAGAAAAAGCUAAGACAGCAAUUUCGACGAAUAGAACUACAAUUUCGUCGACGUACUCAACCAAUUACUAUUCGACAUACUUAUGAUGGCCGAACUCAAGUAGAUCCAAUUGACCUAGCAGCUAAUAAUCAUUCCAAUGUCACAGACAACUUAGCUGAACCAUCUAACUCAGCAACAUUACCUCGAAUUUCCACUCCUGACUCUCGACGACGACGAACUUCUCAAACGUCUAAUAUUCAAUCAUCAACUGCACUUGACAGUAUUCGACAACAACUCGAUGAACUUAAAAAAAGAUUAUCAAUUUUUGAGCAAAAACUGGAUAAAAAUUCGAACACGAAUGAAGCCGAUGGUCGUCUUUCAAAAAUUGAACAAUUAUUGGUCAGUUUCGAAGAACAACAAACAAUAUUGGAUAGAAAAUAUGUAGACGAAAAGCAACGUAUAGAUGAACUUUAUCGUCAAUUUCAAUCAUUGAAUGGCCCAACAAAAUUCUCUGAAAUAGAUAAGGAACACACAGAACAUUUGACUCAAACAUCGACUGUUAUCAGAGAAUUACUUGAUCGUAUUUUAAAUCUAGAAACAUCUUUUCGUAAUUUACCAAGUGGAUUGUCACACGAUGCAAUCAAUCAAAAAAGCACUGCAAAUGAAAAUAAGAUUACUGACAGAGAACAUGCUUUUGAAAGCUUAAUUCGUGAUAUUGAUGAGAAAAUGAAGAGAAUGGAAAUACAAUUUACUCAACGACUAACAACAUUAGAAGGACGUCCAGUUUCUCUUACUCGUACUGAUGUUGAGCAGUUAAUUCAAAAUGAAAUACAAAAGUUAAAACAAACCCAAUCAAAUGAUAAUGAAAGGCAAGAUUUAGCACGUGAAGCAAUGAUUAAAAUUAAUGAGUUACAAGAUCAGUUGAUCGUAUUAACUCGAUCAACUGAAAAUUACAUUACUAAACAUACUGUUGAAGAACUCAUUAAUCGUGCAAAGUUUAGCAAAGAACCAAUACCACAAACGGACACUAAAUUUGAGCAACGUCUCAAUGAUCUUGAGCGUCGAUUAAGUAUUUUUCCUUCACCACCUAAUCUUGGUUCAAUUGAAGAACGUCUUACUCGACUUGAAAAUCGUCCACAUCACAUUAAUCAUCAGCAAACGCCAGCGCAACAAGAUAAACCUAUAGAGAAUUUGGAAAAGAUUCAAUCACUUCAGAAACAAAUUACUGAAUUAAAUGAACGAAAACUGGACCAACAACAAGUUUCCCAAAUGCUUGCCGACAUUGAACAAAGAUUACAACAACAAUUUCAAAACCUUGCGGAUAAAAUGACUAGCCUCCUUAAAACCAAACCAGAUCAUCAAAUAGUCCAUCAACUUAUUCAAGAAAGCGAAGCACGUGAAAAUCAAAAUAUCAAUACAUUACAACAAUCCGUCAAUGAGAAUCAACGUGCCUUAAGAAAAAUACAAGAUUAUUUAAGUAGUUUUAAUCCUAGUUUAAAUCAACAACCAACAACAACGCCAACACCACAAUUAGAAAAUAAACUCGAUUCUAAGAAAGAUUCGGUUACUGAUGUACUAAACUCAAAAGAACUUCAGGCAAUUAUGCCAUUUAUUGAAUUUUUACCAACAUUUGAUAUAUUUGAUGAAAAUGAAUGGAAUUAA